GUGUCCAUGUUUUAACGGUCAACCGUAGCGUUAAAGUAGUGAUCUCACUAAGCGUUUUUGCUGAUAGCAAAAAAAGUCGUUGUGAGUUUGUAACCGAAGCGUAAAAGAAGAAACAUAACAAAGAGAGAUAAAACAUUCAUAUCCCCAAAUUACCCUUACAGUUUCAAAACUAUGAAUCAAAACUAAACAAGCUCAUCCCAUUUUCAUUUUCAUGGCUGAGAGACUCACUUGUUGCACUUGAAGCCAUCAUCCAAUUUCAUUCAUUUUAAUUUCGUCUCGUUCUGUUCUAUUCCGUUCCAUUCCAUAUCCGUAUACAUACACAAACCUUCACUUCUCUUAUUUUCUCCCAAAAAAAAAACUAAAAAAAUAAAAAUGUCCCAACAAUUUAGUAGAAAAAAUGGUCACUCUUUCACGCGCCGGCGGAUUAACAAUCGCGUAUCGUUACUCCGACGAUGCAUACUUCGAGCUCUUAAUCGCUUCCUUGCCUGCUCCGGACAGAAGCCCGGUGCUAAUGCUACGUAUAGCAUGUUAACACCACGUUCAGCAUUGCCAUCUCCGCGUCCUCCGUUGGAAUCCGAUACCGGAUCUUCUCGGCCAUCGGUGUUUCGCACAAAUGAAUUAGACACUGAUUUGGUUUCCCUCAAAAUUAGCUUGUUGGGUGAUUGCCAAAUUGGAAAAACCAGCUUUUUGGUGAAAUAUGUAGGAAAUGAAAAAGAGCAGCAGGUAGGAGAACAGAGGAAAGGGUUGAAUCAAAUGGACAAAACUUUGGUUGUGAGUGGAGCACGUAUAUCCUAUUGUAUUUGGGAAGUACAAGGGGAUGGAAAAUCAGAAGAACAACUUCCAAUGGCAUGUAAGGAUUCAGUUGCAAUUUUGAUCAUGUUUGAUCUAACUAGUAGAUGCACAUUAAAUAGUGUUUUGGGAUGGUACAAAGAAGCAAGAAAAUGGAAUCAGACUGCAAUACCAGUGUUGAUAGGAACAAAGUUUGAUGAUUUCAUUCAGCUCCCUAUUGAUAUGCAAUGGACCAUCGCUAGUGAGGCAAGAACAUAUGCAAAGGCAUUGAAUGCCACUUUGUUCUUUUCAAGUGCAACAUACAACAUCAAUGUGAACAAGAUCUUCAAGUUCAUCACUGCAAAACUCUUUGAUUUACCAUGGACAGUUGAAAGAAAUCUAAAUGUUGGUGAACCCAUCAUUGAUUUCUAAAUGUCUGUGUACAUUACAUAGAAAAUUAUAGAAUUUUUGUUGAAGUAAUUUGCUCAAACUCAAAUGUAAGUCAACCGGCCAACCAGAGAGAUAUGUUAGUCAAAAUCUCAUCACUCUUUGGGGCAAUCGAGUUGUUAGAUACAUAGACAUGUCAUGUCAUUUUCAAUGGAAAUAACUAUGUUCAAAUUUCAAUCAUCACACAAAAAGUGUGGUUUUACAUGGAUAUCAAUAAAAGUCUAGUGGGAAAUAAAAGACAUGGAAACAUAAGAGAA